GAUGAAGUAUAUGAGUUCUUCAGGAUAAGCUCUCUUUAGCAGCAACAAACAUAUCUUUCGGAGAUGGAACUAACAAGUGUUGGAAGAAACAUUCAACAGUCACCAUACCACCAUCGUGGUUCAAGCUUCAAAAGCAGUCAUUCAGAUUCAAUACAAGAGGAGGAUGAUGAACUUGCGUUGCAGUGGGCUGUGAUCGAGAGACUACCCACCUACAAACGGUUGAAAACAUCUUUGUUUGACAGUAAUCAUCAUGACAAUGGAAGAAGCAGCACAGAAUUUGAAGGGAAGAGAGUGAUUGACGUUACCAAGCUUGGAGCGCUUGAACAGCACCUCUUCAUUGAGAAGCUUAUAAAGCACCUUGAGAAUGAUAAUCUUCGAUUAUUGCAGAAACUGAGAGAGAGAAUAGACAGAGUUGGUGUAAAAUUACCUACUGUUGAGGUGAGAUACAAAAACCUGUCUGUGGAAGCAGAAUGCAAGGUGGUGCAAGGGAAGCCACUCCCAACGCUCUGGAACUGUAUUGCAAGCAUGCUAUCUGUUUUCACAAAGGUUAUCCAGUGCAAGUCUCAAAAAGCCAAGAUAAGCAUUGUGAAGGAUGUCAGUGGCAUUAUCAAACCGUCAAGGCUCACUCUUCUUCUUGGGCCUCCAGGCUGUGGGAAAACCACCUUAUUAUUGGCUCUAGCAGGAAAACUAAACCAGUCUGUCAAGGUUGCGGGGGAAGUCUCUUACAACGGCUACAGGCUCAAUGAGUUUGUACCUCAGAAAACAUCAGCUUACAUAAGCCAAUAUGACCUGCACAUACCUGAGAUGACUGUGAGGGAAACGAUAGAUUUUUCUGCACGCUGUCAAGGUGUUGGAAGUAGAGCAGAAAUUAUGAAGGAAGUUAGCAAAAGGGAGAAAGAAGCAGGAAUUGUCCCUGACAUAGACAUUGACACCUUCAUGAAGGCGACUUCAAUUGAGGGGCAAAAAAGAACUCUUCAGACAGAUUAUAUUCUGAAGAUCCUUGGACUGGAUAUUUGUGCUGACAUAAUGGUCGGUGAUGCAAUGAAAAGAGGAAUCUCAGGUGGCCAGAAGAAAAGACUGACAACUGGAGAGAUGAUUGUAGGUCCUACAAAAGCUCUAUUUAUGGAUGAAAUAUCAACUGGAUUAGACAGUUCCACGACGUUUCAGAUAGUGACCUAUCUUCAGCAAUUGGUGCACAUCACAGAUGCAACAGCAUUGGUUGCACUUCUUCAACCAGCACCUGAAACCUUCGAACUAUUCGAUGAUCUUAUAUUAAUGGCAGAAGGGAAGAUUCUGUACCAUGGUCCUCGCAGUCAUGCACUUCAAUAUUUUGAGGAUUGUGGUUUCAAGUGCCCAGAAAGAAAGGGUGCAGCAGACUUCCUCCAGGAGGUAAUUUCGAAAAAGGAUCAAGCACAAUUCUGGUGCAGAACUGACCUUCCCUACAGUAACAUUUCGGUAGACCAAUUUUGCGAGAUCUUCAAAACAAGUUCUCUAGGAAAAGAGGUAGAUGAGGAACUUUCCAAGCCAUAUGAUAGAUCCCAAUGCCAUAAAAAUGCCCUAUCCUUUAGCAUUUACUCCUUGAGCAAAUGGGACCUAUUCAAGGCCUGCAUGGCUAGGGAGUUGCUUCUCAUGAAACGAAACUCCUUUGUUUAUGUAUUCAAAACAACACAGCUUAUCAUCAUUGCAUUCAUGACAAUGACAAUCUUCAUACGUACUCGGAUGACUGUGGACUUGCGGCAUGCAGACUACUAUCUGGGUGCUUUGUUCUAUACACUUAUCCGACUUAUGACCAAUGGAGUUGCAGAGCUUUCCUUAACUGUUUCUAGACUUCCGGUGUUCUACAAACAACAAUCAUUUUACUUGUAUCCAGCAUGGGCUUAUUCUAUCCCAGCUUCUAUCAUAAAGAUUCCAUUUUCAUUAGUUGAGUCAAUUGUCUGGACAUCAAUUACUUACUAUGUCAUUGGAUAUUCCCCUGAAGUAGAAAGGUUCUUCUGCCAGUUCCUUCUGCUGUUUGCUCUGCAUCUAGCAUCAACGUCUUUGUGUCGAUUUAUUGCCUCAGUUUUCCGAACUAUGGUUGCUGCAACAACUUUUGGUUCUCUGAUCCUAGUGCUAAUGUUCUUGUUUGGAGGCUUUCUUCUUCCAAGAUCAUCUUUACCGCCUUGGUUGAGGUGGGGGUUCUGGGUUUCUCCAAUGACAUAUGGAGAAAUUGGGGUUUCAUUAAAUGAAUUCCUUGCUCCGCGUUGGCAAAAGGUGUCAACCGGAAACACCACUAUAGGGCAGAGUGUUCUAUCUAGUCAUGGCCUAAACUUUGGUGGUUACUUCUAUUGGAUAUCAGUAGGGGCAUUGAUUGGAUUCAUGAUACUUUUUGACCUCGCAUUCAUCCUGACCUUAACCUAUUUGAAACCUCCAGGAAUGUCUAAAGCUAUUAUUUCUAAAGAGAAGUUAACUCAACAAGGAAGAGGAGAUCAUAAAGAUACAGAACAUCGGGAAGGUGAUUCCACUCCAGCUGUUUCUCCUAAAACCAUUGCCAAGAAACAAAAAGCUGGGAAAGUAGUCCUACCAUUUGAGCCAAUAACAAUGACAUUUAAGGAUGUGCAAUAUUUUGUUGACACCCCUCCGGAAAUGAAAAAACAUGGUUUCAAUCAGGAGAAACUUCAGCUACUUCAAGAUAUGACAGGCGCAUUUAGGCCUCGAAUCCUUACAGCAUUGAUGGGUGUCAGUGGGGCUGGUAAAACGACUUUAAUGGAUGUUCUUUCUGGAAGGAAAACUGGAGGCACUAUUGAAGGUGAUAUAAGAAUUGGAGGGUAUCUCAAAGUCCAGAAGACAUUUGCUAGAAUAUCAGGUUACUGUGAGCAGCAUGAUAUACACUCUCCACAGAUUACUGUGGAAGAAUCAGUAAUAUACUCGGCUUGGUUGCGGUUACCACCACAGAUUGAUCCAGAAACCAAAGCUAAAUUUGUAGAAGAAGUGAUUGAGAUAAUUGAGCUUGAUGGUAUCAGAGACUCUUUAGUUGGAAUUCCUGGGCAUAGUGGUCUUUCAACAGAGCAGCGUAAGAGGUUAACAAUAGCAGUAGAACUUGUUUCCAAUCCCUCUAUAAUAUUCAUGGAUGAGCCUACAUCAGGGUUAGAUGCCAGAUCAGCAGCAAUAGUCAUGCGCGCAGUGAAGAAUGUAGUUGCUACAGGAAGGACAACAGUUUGCACUAUUCACCAGCCAAGCAUUGAUAUUUUUGAGGCAUUUGAUGAGUUGAUUCUAAUGAAAAGGGGAGGACAAAUUAUUUAUUCAGGAAUGCUGGGUCAACAUUCAAGUAAACUUAUUGAAUAUUUCGAGGGUAUCAACGGUUUGCCAAAGAUCAGAGAGAACUAUAACCCAGCAACGUGGAUGUUAGAAGUCACUUCUACAUCAGUAGAAGCAGAACUUGGUUUAGAUUUUGCUGCUAUUUAUAAAGAAUCACCACAGUAUCAGGACACCAUCGAGUUGGUUAAACAGUUGAGUCAGCCACUACCAGGUUCAGAAAGCUUGCACUUCCCGACUCGUUUUCCACAGAGUAGCUGGGAACAGUUUAUGGCAUGCCUUUGGAAACAACACUUGUCCUAUUGGAGAAGUCCUGAAUACAACUUGGUGCGUUUCAUAUUUAUGAUAGUUGCAGCUGCGUUGUUUGGGGCAGUCUUCUGGCAGAGAGGGCAAAAAAUAAAUGAUGAGCAGGAUUUGUUCAACAUACUUGGAUCAAUGUUUAUUGCUGUCUUAUUCUUGGGCAUAAACAACUGUUCAACAGUCCUACCACAUGUGGCAACUGAGCGCAAUGUCUUGUACCGGGAAGAAUUUGCCGGGAUGUACUCCUCAUGGGCAUAUUCAUUUGCACAGGUGACCAUUGAAGUACCUUAUAUCCUACUGCAAGCAAUAUUGUACGUGGCCAUUACAUAUCCACUAAUAGGAUAUCACUGGUCAACUUUCAAGGUUUUCUGGUAUUUCUAUGCUACAUUCUGCACCUUUCUAUAUUACGUAUACCUUGGGAUGCUAAUAGUUUCAUUAAGCUCAAAUAUCCAAGUAUGUUCCAUAUUGGCAAGUGCAGUCUACACCUUACUGAGUCUAUUCUCAGGCUUCCUUAUGCCGGGACCGAAAAUUCCUAAGUGGUGGAUUUGGUUGUAUUGGAUUUGUCCUACAUCUUGGUCCCUGAAUGGCCUCCUAACUUCACAAUAUGGAGACUUGGACAAAAAGAUAGUGAUAUUUGGGGAGCUCAAGACUGUUAGUUCCUUCCUAAAAGAAUUUUAUGGUUUUCAAUAUGAUCGAUUAGGCCUUGUGGCAGUUGUUCUCCUUGCAUUCCCGGUUGUUUUUGCAUCACUAUUUGCAUAUUGCAUAUCGAGAUUGAAUUUCCAAAGGAGGUAAUAAGAGAAAUACAGUUGUCCUUUUUCUUCACAAGCUCUGUAACUGUAAGUAGAAUGAUUUACACAAUGAUAACCAAGUAAUAUCUUGAUGCUCUGCCAAAAACAUUAUGUAUUAAAUUAUCUUUGCAUCAACUCAAAUGCAUCAAUUAUAUUGGCUACAUUCUAAGCUUG